AUGGUGGAGCCAGGACAAGAUCUGUUGCUUGCUGCUUUGAGUGAGAGUGGAAUCAGUCCAAAUGAUCUCUUUGAUAUUGAUUCGNNNNGUGUGCUGAUGCUUGUUUUCUUUCCUCUGCAGUCAGUGCCACUUAGUGCGUUAGAACUAGGCCUGGAGACUGAUGCCACAGCUGCUGUCAAACAAGAACCAGAGACUGUAUCAACUCCAGCCUUAUUAAAUGUUCGGCAACCACCAUCCACCACAACCUUUGUGCUGAAUCAAAUCAAUCAGCUUCCAACUUUGGGGACUACAAUAGUGAUGACAAAAACAACACCUGUUACAACCACGAGGCAGACGAUCACCGUAGCCAAGAUCAUUCAGACCAGCACAACCACUCGCCCCUCGGCUGCAGCACCAGCCGUACGCAAUGCCCUGACCACUGCACCUCCCAAGGACCAGAUUCAGCUGAAAGAUCUGCUCAAGAAUAAUAGUCUUAAUGAACUCAUGAAAUUGAAGCCACCACCUAAUAUUGCCCAGCCAGUAGCAACAGCAGCAACUGAUCUGAGCAAUGGUGCACUGAAGAAGGAGGCUUCUACAAAAGAGGUAGCAAGAAUAUGGAUAAAUGAUAUUAAAAUGAGAAGUUUUUCACCUACUAUGAAAGUGCCAGCAGUAAAAGAGGAGGAGGAACCUGAGGAGGAAGAUGAAGAGGAAAUGGGUCAUGCAGAAACUUAUGCUGAGUACAUGCCAAUAAAACUGAAAAUUGGUCUACGCCAUCCUGACCCAGUAGUGGAAACCAGCUCAUUAUCCAGUGUAACUCCCCCUGAUGUGUGGUACCAGACAUCAAUAUCAGAAGAAACAAUUGAUAGUGGCUGGUUGUCAGCUUUGCAGCUUGAAGCAAUCACUUAUGCAGCCCAGCAACAUGAAACAUUCCUGCCCAAUGGAGACCGAGCUGGAUUCUUGAUAGGUGAUGGUGCUGGUGUAGGAAAAGGAAGGACCAUAGCUGGAAUAAUCUAUGAAAAUUACUUGUUAGGCAGAAAAAGAGCAGUCUGGUUCAGCGUGUCAAACGAUCUGAAAUAUGAUGCUGAAAGAGAUCUGAGAGAUAUUGGAGCAAAAAACAUAUUGGUUCAUUCGUUAAACAAGUUCAAGUAUGGGAAAAUUUCUUCCAAACAUAAUGGAAGUGUGAAGAAAGGUGUUAUCUUUGCUACUUAUUCUUCUCUUAUUGGUGAAAGCCAGUCUGGUGGUAAAUACAAAACCAGAUUAAAGCAGCUCCUUCACUGGUGUGGUGAAGACUUUGAUGGAGUUAUUGUAUUUGAUGAGUGUCAUAAAGCUAAGAAUCUGUGUCCUGUUGGUUCAUCAAAACCAACCAAAACAGGUCUGGCUGUACUGGAACUUCAAAAUAAACUUCCAAAAGCCAGGGUUGUUUAUGCUAGUGCCACAGGUGCAUCUGAGCCAAGAAACAUGGCCUAUAUGAACCGCCUGGGAAUCUGGGGGGAAGGAACUCCAUUUAGGGAAUUCAGUGAUUUCAUUCAGGCUGUUGAAAGAAGAGGUGUUGGUGCCAUGGAAAUAGUUGCUAUGGAUAUGAAGCUGAGAGGAAUGUACAUAGCAAGACAGUUGAGUUUUUCAGGUGUAACUUUCAAAAUUGAUGAAGUUCUGCUUUCACAAGAAUAUGUUAAAAUGUACAAUAAAUCUGUGAAACUGUGGGUCAGUGCCAGAGAGAGGUUUCAACAAGCAGCUGACCUGAUUGAUGCAGAACAACGAAUGAAGAAGUCCAUGUGGGGCCAGUUUUGGUCAGCUCACCAGAGGUUUUUCAAGUACCUUUGCAUAGCAUCUAAAGUGAAGAGGGUGGUGCAGCUGGCUCGGGAAGAAAUCAAGAAUGGGAAAUGUGUUGUUAUUGGCCUGCAGUCAACAGGAGAAGCAAGAACAUUAGAAGCUUUGGAGGAAGGUGGUGGUGAACUGAAUGACUUUGUCUCUACAGCAAAAGGAGUAUUCCAGUCUCUUAUUGAAAAGCACUUUCCAGCUCCUGACAGGAAGAAGCUGUUUAGCUUGUUGGGAAUUGACUUGACUGCUCAAAGUAAUAACAAUUCACCCAGAGACAGCCCUUGCAAGGAGAACAAAAUAAAGAAAAGGAAAGGUGAAGAAAUAAGCAGAGAAGCCAAAAAAGCUCGCAAAACCGGUGGCCUUGCAGGUAGCAGCUCUGAUGAGAGUGAAAGUGAGUCUGAUGCUUCAGACAAUGAAGAAAGUGACAAUGAGAGCUCCAGAUUCUUGAGUUCUGGAGAUGAUGAUGACUUCAACCCCUUCAGAGAUGAAUCCAGUGAAGAUGAUGAGGAUGAUCCCUGGCUCAUCAGAAAAGAGCAUAAAAAAAAUAAAGACAAGAAAAAGAAGAAAAGUAUAGACCCAGAUUCUAUCCAAAGUGCCUUACUAGCUUCUGGUCUCGGAUCAAAGCGACCCAGCUGUUUUGCUUCCACUGUUGGUACCACCACCUCUAGUACCAACACGUCAGCCAACAGUAACACAAACAGCAGCUUUGUAACAAGUCAGGAUGCUGUUGAAAGGGCCCAACAAAUGAAAAAAGAACUGCUUGAUAAACUGGAAAAGCUGGCUGAAGAUCUUCCACCUAAUACACUGGAUGAGCUUAUUGAUGAACUGGGUGGUCCUGAAAAUGUUGCAGAGAUGACAGGCCGCAAGGGGAGAGUCGUAAGCAAUGAUGAUGGCAGCAUCUCUUAUGAGUCAAGAUCUGAACUUGAUGUGCCUGUUGAAAUUCUGAACAUCACAGAAAAGCAGAGGUUCAUGGAUGGAGAUAAGAACAUUGCCAUCAUCUCAGAGGCUGCCAGCUCUGGCAUUUCAUUGCAAGCAGAUCGGAGAGCCAAGAACCAGAGGCGGAGAGUUCACAUGACUCUGGAGCUGCCAUGGAGUGCUGACAGGGCAAUACAGCAGUUUGGAAGAACUCAUAGAUCCAACCAAGUGACUGCUCCAGAGUAUGUGUUCCUAAUUUCUGAGUUGGCAGGAGAGCAAAGAUUUGCAUCUAUAGUUGCAAAAAGACUGGAGAGCUUGGGAGCCCUCACUCAUGGGGACAGACGAGCUACAGAAACUCGAGACCUCAGCAGAUUCAAUUUUGACAACAAGUAUGGCAGAAAUGCUUUAGAGAUUGUUAUGAAAUCCAUUGUGAACUUGGACUCCCCAAUGGUCUCUCCUCCUCCUGAUUUUCCUGGAGACUUCUUCAAAGAUGUUCGUCAGGGAUUGAUUGGCGUAGGCUUGAUCAAUGUAGAAGACAGAUCUGGAAUACUAACACUUGACAAAGAUUAUAACAAUAUAGGGAAAUUUCUGAACAGAAUUCUUGGUAUGGAAGUACAUCAGCAGAAUGCUUUAUUCCAGUACUUUUCUGACACGUUAAAUGCAGUUAUUCAAAAUGCAAAGAAGAACGGAAGAUACGAUAUGGGCAUCCUGGAUUUGGGCUCUGGAGAUGAGAAAGUAAGGAAGGCAGACGUUAAGAAGUUUUUAACUCCUGGAUAUUCUACCUCCGGACACGUAGAACUAUACACAAUCAGUGUAGAGAGAGGAAUGUCUUGGGAUGAAGCAACUAAGCUCUGGGCAGAACAAACAGGUCCAGAUGAUGGAUUUUAUUUAUCACUACAGAUAAGAAAUAACAAGAAAACUGCUAUUCUAGUAAAAGAAGUGAAUCCUAAGAAGAAGCUUUUUUUAGUGACAGACCAAAUACUGGGAAACAACUCAAACUAGAAACAUGCGCAGACCUGAAAAAGAAAUAUAAGAAGGUACCUUCUGAAGAUGCUCUGCCACACUGGUUAGAGCAGUACAAUUCCUCUGCAGAUACCUGCACCCAUGCUUACUGGAGAGGCAAUUGUAAGAAGGCAGGUCUGGGAUUGGUGUGUGAAGUUGGACUCCGCUGUCGAACGUACUAUGUCUUGUGUGGUUCAGUGUUGAGUGUCUGGACAAAAGUGGAAGGUGUUCUGGCCUCUGUGAGUGGAACCAAUGUGAAAAUGCAGAUAGUUCGGCUAAGAACAGAGGAUGGGCAGAGGAUUGUAGGUUUGAUCAUUCCUGCAAAUUGUGUCUCACCCCUUGUGAACCUCCUGUCAACAUCUGACCAGUCUCAGCAGCUUGCAGUGCAGCAGCAGCAGAUCUGGCAGCAGCAUCACCCCCAGAGCAUCACCAACUUCAACAACGCCUAACAAGACAAACCACAGGUGUUGACUUGGGUGUUUGAGGAAAAAAGGCUGUAAAAGCAUAUCACUUGCAUCAAAAUCAGGGACAGAUUCCAAAGAAAUAUAACUUUUUCAGUUCAGUUGUGUGCUCUCAAAUACUUUGGGAAUAAAGAGAUCUAAAAAGGUUGGUAGAACUGAAAGCCAGCAGUUGUUUAUGGUGGUGCAUCUGUCUUUCCUUAUGCUCUCUGUAGUGCUUCCUGUUUGCUUUUACUUUUGGCCUUUUAAGCUACAAACCACAAUUUGUUUGAAAAUGCUUGAAAAUCCCCAAGCAGGCUUUAUUUUUAUCUUGUCAUACAGUGCUCAGGGUUUAACGCAGUGCAUCAAUGCCAUUGCUGUGGGAGAUCUCCUUGAAUGCAUGUAUUGAGUAUAUAUAUAGAAAAUAUAUAUUGGGGUUUUUUUUUUUCCUCUUCGAUUUAUGAGUUUAUAAAAGCAUGAACCCUAGAGGUUGCACAUCAUGCAUUCAGGUUCCUUCCCAGUUUCUGUUUGACAGUGCAUGUCUCUGGAAACGGGCAUGGACAGGAUAAACACACCAGACAGGAAUUUGGAGAGAAACACAAUCUUAGUUGUACAGCAUUGGUUAUUGCAUUUUUAUAGUGUUUAUACCCAGGUGUUGCAUUUUUUUCUGGUUCUCUCCUGGGGGUUAUAUAUUUGAGUCUACAACAUGUUCUUUUUUUGUGAUAAACAUCUUAAAUUAAAAUUAGUUCCUUUUUAAUGUAUUAAUGGUAUUCCUAAUGUGUACUGCAAAGAUGGCUGGAUGCCUGUUUUCCUUAAAUUGAAGCAUUUCCUUAAUCCCAGGUGGUUACGGAAACUUAAGUGCAAAUUCACUUCCAUCUCGCAUACAAUCUUCUAUUUUUUACUUCAUUAAUGUAAUUUAAUUUGUCACUUGUAAGAUGAAACCUUACUUGAGCUGUAAAUUAGAGAAUGGGAAACACUUGAGGGUUCCGCUGUAUGUGCUGUUUCUGUUACCCAGUAACUUGAAUACUGUUUAAUAUGUUGUAAGACAUUGUAGAGUUUAUCUGGAGCUGUUUAAAAGAAAUUGUAAUGUACAAAUGUGAAUAGUCACUUAUCUAUAAUAUGGGUAAGUUUUGUUUUGCCUAUAAUAGUAGAUGUUUAUAAGAAAGUGAAGGACAAUGUUUGUCAUUUCUUGCUUGCACAGGUUGCACUAUUGAAAAAUUGAGAUUGUAUAAACCUGUCCAAAAAAACUACAAGAUAAUGAUCUUGUAGAUGUCAAAUAAAAGUUAUUGUACUAACAA